UAGAGCUGUCAAAUAUACCCGUGAUUAUUAUGUGGAUGAGCAUUCGCUGACCAGAAAAUUUUUAUUUCGGCAAGCAGCAAGCUACAUCUUUUUGAUUCGUUUUAAAUCCAGCUAUCCAUCGCAACUAUACCGUUCCUCUUCGGGUCAGCGCGUCCGAAUUAACCUUGUACAAGCGCAACAAUGGACAGUAAAGCUGAUCAGCCACUAUUAGAGCCCACUCAGCGCCAUCCCAGCUACAUCCACGCCGAGACGAAGGAAUUCUAUGAAAAGGAUCCGAAAACCGUGGAGCACAUUGAACAUAUUGAGCUGCAUGAUGCCGAAACACCGCUGACCACUGCUGACGGAGCACAAGGGGAAACGCUCCAGGUUACGACCACCGAAACCACCACCGACGUCAGAACCGGUAAAACCAAGACCAAGACCGGCAAGCAUGCGGCACAGCAUACACCGCUGACCAUCGGCCUGAAUGUGCUGGAUCGGGAUGAAAAGAAUAUUAAUGGCCAAGUCCAUAUUAUGUUCGAUGAUGUUCUCGCUGAGCCGGAUGGGACGCACGGCUUCGAGCCAGUAUGGCGUGGAACAUUCGUCAUGUUCCACUGGACCAAGCUCUGGAUGUACCGGCUGCUUGUGGCUAUUUUCGCGCUACCGCUGGCAUUCGUUUGGGGUCUGUUGUUCGCGUUGGUUAUUGCCAUCAACAACUAUUUCUGCACACCAUUCUUCAAAUUGUUCUCCAUUGUUUUCUUCUGGAUUGGACGUAUCUGGGGCACAGUUUUCCGGGAGGUCUUCUACCCUGUCUUCGAUUCGUUCGGACGCUGCUUUUCUGGCAUUCGGGUCGCUUAUGGCGGCAAUACGAAAACCUUCGAUGGACCAUUCCGCGAAGCAGUGAACAACGUGGGAACCAACACGACGUGCGGAAAACAGCCCGCAACUGGUCCAUACGGAGCUGGCAGCAAUGCCCCAACCUGGGCCUAAAGACCGCUGGCAGACAUUCGGAAUUGCUCAUAUUCAGUAAUACAUGUAUCCUUGCGCAACCUUGAGAGCAGCUGGUUAACUUCAAAUGUUUAAAAUGCGAUUUUUUAUUUUCAUGGUGUAAGUGUACCGUGUACGUAAUGGUAACGUUUAUAAAAAAUCAUUGAUGUCUGGUAUCAGUUUAAUAUAAUCACUGUGUUGGAGCAGGAAUACUCAAAAGUCAAACCGUUUUUUAUGGGAUGACAUCAGUUUGUUAAGUUCAAAGUUUUUUGUGGAACAUAAAGUAAUAAUG